AUGUAUAAAGAGGGCCACAGGACCAACCCCGUCCAAGACCGCUCCACUCAAGUCCAAAACCGGGGAAGUCCUAGCAGAUCGGGAGGGGCAAUGUGGCACUGGACCAAGCACUACCUUGAGCUGUACGCAAAGUUGAAUACAGUAACUGCCACUGCUCUUGACUCAAUCCCUGGCCUGUCGAUUAUGAGGGAGUUGGAUGCCUCUCCUGCUUUGAAAGAGCCAAGUAUAGCCAUGGACUGCCUCGCCAGCGGCAAAGCACCUGGGAGCGACAGAAUACCUCCAGUAAUCAUGAAAAGCGGCAAACCAGUUCUUUUCCAGACACUCCACGAGCUACUUCGCCUUUGCUGGGAGCAGGGUUACACCCCUCAGGACAUGCGAGAUGCAAAGAUCGUCACUCUGUACAAGAAUAAGGGAGAUAGAAGUGACUGUAACAACUACCGGGGAAUCUCCCUCCUCAGCGUUGUUGGCAAGGUGUUCACCCGGGUCGCUCUCUCUCGCUUGCAGCUCCUCGACGCUCGCGUCUAUCCCGAAUUCCAAUGUGGAUUCAGGCCUGGUCGAUCGACGGUGGACAUGAUUUUCUCCCUGCGUCAGCUGCAGGAGAAGUUCCAUGAGCAGCAGAUGCCUCUCCACGUCGUAUUUAUUGACCUAACGAAAGCUGUCGACCUGGUCACCAGAGUCCUAAUCCGCGAGCUGCUCUUCGCCGACGAUACAGCCUUGGCAUCGCAUACCGAGGGAGGACUCCAGCAGCUUUUCACCCACUUUGCUUAUGCCUGCACGGAGUUUGGCCUGACCAUCAGCCGGGGAAAGACUAAGUUAUUGUGCCAGAGCACUGGGACUCUCCCGAGCAUUGUUCUGGAUGGUUACACCCUUGAGGUCGUCGAGAACUUUACCUGUCUCGGGUCCAGCAUCUCCAGUUCUCUGUCCAUCGACUCCGAGAUUAAUAGCAGGAUUGCCAGGGCCGCCACAGUCAUGGCCAAAUUGACCCAGCGUGUUUGGAACAACUUGAGCCUCAUCGUGAAGACUAAGCUGUGCGUCUACAAGGCUUACGCCCUCAGCACUCUUCUGAAUGGUUGCGAGACUUGGACCACUUACGCGGGGAACGAAAGGAAACUCAAGGGCUUCCACAUGAGAUGUCUACGGCGCAUACUGCAGAUCAAGUGGCAACACAGAGUACCCAAUUCAGUGGUACUAGAGGGAUCAAAUAUGAUCAGUCUGCUCUCAGUUCUCAGCGAGAGACGUCUCAAGUGA